AUGCUCGACCCAUCUAAGGAACGACCGACUACGCUGCACAUCUACAACUUCGGGAGUGUGUUUGGCAAUCGCAAGAUUAUCAAGGGGGAAGACAAGACAACCACUUUAUAUUUUAUGCAAAACACUCGGAGUUCGUUGCAUUGGACUUUUGAUCUGCACGCUGAUGGCCCAGAUGGCCCUCUGCUUUGUCGGGCUCAGUCUUCGUACAAUGGACCACCACUAAUGGAUGAAGUCAACCAUGGGCCUACUACUUUGUCCAUGACGGCUGUCAGACGGACAGUCAAGAUGGAGAGGAAGCUGGGAGCUUUCGACGGAACGGUUUUCUUCAAGGGUCCUGAUCAGAAGGAGUAUCGCUGGCAGACAACUGCACGGCUGUUUAGGUAUUUAUCACGUAGUUCCUGCCAGUGUUUAGAUGCAGAGGAUGCCCUCAUAGCAACAUAUCGUAUUACGUCCAUGUCGGUGACGAAGGAUGGCGUUCUCGUGGUUCAACCCUCAGGGAAGUCCAUGCUCGACUUGCUCGUCGCUACCAGCCUCGCGAUGCGCACGCCCAAUAACUGA